CUUAAUGUCACUUAAAAGAGAAUGGUGUUGGGAUUGAGUGAUAGAAUUCCAGAAGAAGAUGAAACGAAAAGUCACGAUGAAAAAAGGGACGAAGAGACAAAAGAAAAUGAACAUCAGCCUAAAUAUACCAAAAAGGAACUUAAAGAUAAGUUGUGGAAGACAGUUGGGGAAGGUCAUUCGGACUCACUGACUAAGUUACUGAACGAAGUGAAAGAUUUUCAAAACCUGGAAGAAUUACUGAAUGAAGAGAAUGCAGAUUUCGAUGAAGACGGAAAUAAUCUUCUCCUCUAUUGCAUUAAAGAAGGAUGUGACAGUGGACCGUCUAUUGGACGACAUUUUCAUAAGUGUGCCGAAAUUUUAAUCGCAAAUAAUGUAAACAUAAAUCAUAUGAACAAGGCAGGACACACUCCACUGUUUGAAGCCGUGUUCUACAAGAAUACCAAUUAUAUUACAACUUUACUGAACCACAAGGCAGAAGCGGAUCGCUUUGACCAGGAUGGUAUAGAUCCUCUUCACUUAGCCAUUCAUUUGGGAUAUAAAGAUUGUUUUAAUUUAUUGGUACAACAUGAAGAAAAAGAGAUAUUUAACAGAAAAGAUGGAAAAGGAACUCCUCCACUGGUAGCAGCUGUUCAACAUGGACACAUAGAUAUAUGUCAUUUAUUGAUAGAUGGUGGUUGUGACAUCAAUGCUUAUGAUAGUAAACUCCAGAGAAAUGCUUUACAUUAUGCUGUUAUAGCCAAAAGAUUUGAUUUAUUUGAAUUACUGUUAAAACACAAGCCAAACUUAGACCAUUGUGAUCAUAAGGGGAGGACAAUAUUCCAUCGUGUUUGUGCCAUCCAGGAACCAAAGUAUUUGAAGAAAUUAUUUCACAGUGGAUUCAAUAUCACAACAUCACUGAUGGAUCAGGAGACGGAUGAUGGUCUUACUCCUGUUAUUAUAUCUUGUCAGAAUGGAAAUGCUGAACAACUAAAAGAACUGCUAGAAAAUGGGGCUUCAGUUAAAACUACAGACAAAACUGGAAAGAAUGCAUUACAUUACUGUGCCGAUAACUUAGAGACACAAUGUGCUGAAAUGUUACUGAUGAGGGAGGAGUCUCUCAUACAUGUACAAGAUGAACAGGGAUUCACUCCCCUUCAUAUGGCAGUUAUUGGUGGAAAUGUACCAUUAUUGAAGCUGCUCGUUAGAAAAGGAGCAGAUGUAGAUAUUUUAGAUGCUGACGGCCAUACCCCAUCACACUGGGCUACUGGUAAUCAUCUUGAUGGAGUUAAAGUAUGUACACAUUUAGAGAUAUUAGAUGUUCUCAUAGAACAAGAUGCUGAGCUGUCAAAAUGUGACAAUCAUAAUGCCUACCCUAUCCAUUACGCUGCACAGAUGAAUGGACGAGAUAAUGGGCACUCUGAUGCUAAAAUAGGAGAGAAAGUCCUGAAGAAAUUAUUAGACAGUGGUAUACCAUGCGACGUUUUAGAUAAAGACAGACGACAGCCUUUAUUAUGGGCUGCAAGUGCAGGGAACUCAGAAUCCUGUAAAUUAUUAGUGACUGCUGGAGCUGAUGUUAAUUCUACAGAUAAAGAUGGUCUUACAGCUCUUCAUUGUGCUGCCUCUCGGGGACAUUCUGAAUGUGUUGAUAAAUUAAAGAAACUUGGUGCUGAAGUUAAUGUGGCUGAUACUAAUGGAUGUACAGCUUUGUUUUAUGCCAUAACUCUUGGAAAUAAGGACUGUACCAGACUUUUAUUGAAGUAUGGUGCAGAUCCAAAUCACAAAGACACUCGAGGGAGGACGCCUACACAUUGUGCUGCAAUAAAGGGUUGCCUGGAAACAGUUAAAAUGUUAGAUAAAAGUAAAGCGGACCUCUGGCAUGCUAGUUUCCGUGGUGAUUGUCCUAUCCAUGAAGCUGCACAGGGAGGACAUUGUGAUGUGGUGAAGUAUUUGUUAAAAUGGAAGAACUCACCAGAUGCUGUAAAUAUAGCUAAUGAUGCUGGGCGUACCUGUCUACAUAUUGCUGCCAUAGUCAAUAACCUGCAAUUAUGUAAACUACUGCUGGACAGUGAGGCUGAUAAAAAUGCUCUUAUGAAAAAUAAGACCAACAAGGAUGGGGAGACAGAGGACAAAUCCUACACACCAUAUGAUGCUGCAAUAAUUAAAGGCAAUAAUGAAAUCGCUGAAUAUAUAAAAUCUAAAGGAGGAGUUACUGGUGGGGAUAUAGACAAUAUACUCAUAGCUAAAGGCAAAAAAAGGGACACAAAAUCUGGUAAUUCAAGAAAAAGUGUACCAACUUUAGAAACCACUCCGGAGGAGACUGAGCCAGACGACAAUAAAAAAGCUGAGGAAGAAGCUGAAAAGGAAAAAGAAGAAGAAGACAAGAAAGAACAAGAAGCUGAGGAAGACAAAAAGAAACAAAAAUCUGAGGUAGACAAGAAAAAAGACAAAGGUAAAAAGAAAGAAAAGGUUGAAAAGGAAAGAGAAAAAGAAAAAUUAGUGAUUGUUCCAAUAGGCAAACAAAAAAAAAAAGAGAAAGACGAAAAAGGGAAAGAGGAUCAGAAAGAAAGUGAAAAGGAGAAAGCUGAAACAGAUCAAGAAGGAAAAGGAGAGAAAAAAGAUUUGACAGAUGAGGAACUACGAGAACUUCAGGAGAAGAUAAAAGCUGGUGAGAGUGAAGUUGAUGAAAGAGAUAUAAAAAGAAAGCCAAUAAAGGAAAUAGAAGGGAAAAAAACUGAAGGGGAACAACAGAAAAAGGAUAACAAGUUAAAAGAUAAAGACAAGAAAAAAGAUUUGACAGAGGAAGAAUUAGAGGAAGCAAAGAGAAAAAUCCAGGCUGGUCAAGGUGAUCUAGACGAGAGAGAAAGAAAACAAAAAGAGGCUGAACAAAAGGAAGCAGAAAAAGAAAAAUCAUCCAAGAAAGAAGGAGAACAGGAAACAAAAGGAAAGAAAAAAGACUUAUCAGAUGAAGAAUUGAAAGCGCUACAAGAGAAAAUAAAAGCUGAACAAGGUGAUAACGACCAAAGAGGUAAACACAAAAAAACAAAGAAGGAAGACGGUGAAAAAAAUAAAGGUGGGAAACAAAAACCAGAUUUGACUGAUGCUGAAGUUGCUGCUGUUACUGCAGCUGUUAUUGUAGCAACAGAAGAAGACAAGAACAGGGAUAAAGAGAAGGAAAAAUUAAAAACUAAGGAAAAAGAUCAGGACAAACUAAAGGUUAAAGAUCAGGGUAAAGGGAAGGACACACUUAAAUCUGCAGAUCAGGAGAAAGAGAGAAAAAAGGAACAAGAUAGAGAAGAACUAGAUAUUCCACCACCUUCUACCUCUCCAGAUCUACGUGAACCUAAACAAAAAGAAAAAUCUGCUGUAGAUAAAGGUCAGAAGGAUAAAAAGAAACAAAUUGAGGAAAGUAAAAAGAAACAAGAAAAAGACCAGAAGGACAAAAAGAAACUCAGUGAUGAAAUAGAAAGUGAGGAAAGAAAAAAGAAACAAAUAGAAAGUGAGGAAAGAGAAAGAAAAAAGAAACAAAUAGAGAGUGAGGAAAGAGAAAGAAAAAAGAAACAAAUAGAAAGUGAGGAAAGAAAAAAGAGACAAGAAAAAGAUCAGAAGGAUAAAAAGAAACAAAGUGAGAAAAGUAAAAAUAAAUUAAGUGACGAAUCAGAUAGUGAGGAAGAGAAAAGUAAAAAGAAACAAGUUGAUGAACUAGACAGUGAGGAAAAUAAAAAGAAGCAAGAAAAAGACAAAAAAGUUCAUAUUGUACCUAAAAGAGCUUUUGUAGAAUCAGCCACAGCAAGUGAAUCUGAAAAGUCUAGGCGUGAUUCACCUGUCAAAUACAGACAAAGGUCUAGAUCAAGAUCUACAGACAACGAAGAAUUUGAGUUUCCAGAGGGUGCACACGAAACAACAGAAGCUGCCAUUGCUGCAGCAGAAGCUCGAAGGAAAGCUCGCGAACGUUCAAGGUCUAGGAGUACUGAUCGGGAAUCUGAUGAAAAACCUGCUGAUAUAAGAAGAUAUUCAAAAGUAGGCACAGAUGGUAGAAUUCAGCCUGGUCUUUUAGCAGAUAAAGAUAAAAGAAAUAGACGACCAGAUGAGAGAGAUAUACCGUCACCUUUAGAUUCAGAAGACGAAUUUAUUGAUGAUCCAUAUUUUGGACGCAGAGUUAAACCUUAUCCAGGAUCAGUACGAAUAGGGUCAAAGAGACCAGAUAAUAGGGAACAAGUGUUGAGAGAAAAAGAAUUCAAUAGAAAAAGACAGCAAGAAAUGUCUCAUUCUUCUCAGAGAAUGCCAUCAAAAGGGGGAGUAGCCAGAAUGUUGCCAUUAGGAUAUUCUAGGUUAGAAACUCCACAAAGACCAAUAACUCGAAAAUCAAAUUCUAUACAAGAAAGUGUGAGACGGUAUCAGACAGAGAGAACAUUUGUACGACAGUUACAUCAAUUGAAACGUGCACAGAUAUAUACCGGACCAAUGCAUGAUAUUGUGUUGUUCAGUAAGAUGAUGAAUGUUUACAAUAACACAUCAAACUAUGACAAUGAACUAGAUCUGGAUUCACAGGUGCUGGAUGAUUGGGAUGGAUAUUUACAAGAUCAAUUAAGAUUUGUUUCCCAUUACUAUGAAGAUGACAGAACUGGUCUCAGAGAUACUGCAAAGGAAUAUCACCAAAAGUUGGAAAAAUCUGCAACAAAUGCUAAGAAAACUGUAGAAAGUAGAAUUGAUCAUAUAAUAAAACAGAAUGAGAAACAAGAGGUAGAAGAAAGGGAAGAACAAGAAAAGUUGGACAAAAAGAUUUCUCAUCUUGCUGAGAAAACUGAGUCUGUGCUAGAUAGUGUUCGUCAGCAAGCCAACGACAGUGUAACUAGUGCUCGAAAUUUGAAUAGUAGUCUGGAGGAAGAAUUCAGACGUGAACGUCAGGAUAGACUGAAAAAUUAUAGAUAUGGCAAUAAUAGGGAAAAGUCAUGGCUUUUGGAACAAGAGGCAAUGGAUAGCAGACAAUCAAGAAUGGACGAACAUGAAAAGGAAAGGAAAGCAAAACAUAAAGAGUGGAUGAGAAAGAAAGAUGAAGAAUCAAGAAGGAAAUUAAUGAGGGUUUAUGGACCAACACCUGUAUUUGAUACAUCUUUAUCCAAGAGAGGUGCACCAUUUAAAACAUCAACACCCAAACUUUUGAAUAACUCCUCUAGAGCAUCUCCACGACCUAAGUCAAUGGCGUCAUCCAUGUCUACAUCAAGGUCACGACCUCAGGACCAAGAAUUGGAGGUCCAUAUGACAGAAUUUGGAAUGAGAAGGGUAAAGACAGAAGACUGCUCUUUUGCUAAAAUGAGCACACCAAAAUCACGUUCCUAUAUGAGACCUGCGGGUGUAUUACCAGCCAAUUGGACUCCAAAGUAUGAUGGUAUAAACCUACGACCACGAGCUGGACUAGUAUUUGUUGAACCGACGGUCUAUGAUGAAGUGCUUAAAGAAGAAAGAUUGAUCCGAGGGGGUCAAACAAGAAACUCUACAAGAAAUUUAACUUUAGAAACAGAUAAAAUGUUAGAAACUGUAGAAUCGUGACAAAGGCAGACAUAGUUUUCUAUUAAAAUAAUUUCAUUCAUUCCAUUUCAUAUAAUUCUUUCAAACUAGAUUGUUAUUUAUGAUUCUCACAAAUUUUUAUCAUGAAAAGGUGUUGUGUAAUAAUUGUCUUGGAAUAAAUUUAAUUGGAAGAAGCAAAAAGUCUGUUAAGAAGUGAAACAUGUCAUUGCAAGGAAAUACUCAACAAAUGUUUAAAAAAUGUUAAAUGUGUAUUCCAGUCACAAGAAAUUAAAGUGGAUUGUCUCCCAUUACCUUUGUGCUUAGUUAAUAAAAAGGUCUAAUACCUCAUUAGGAUUAUCAGACUUCUUCACAUAAAAAGUCUUGUAUUGAAUUUGAAUACAAUAAUUUUCAUAGUUUUCUUUGAUAGGCAAACUUAAACACUAAUAGUUAGUAAAUGUCACUUGUUAAAAGAGUUUUAGUGAUUGUUGUUACAUUUUGUUGGUAUUCAUUUAUGUAUGCAUCUAUCCAUAGUUUGUUUUUGAACUAUGUAACCAGUUACUAAAUUUCAAUUUAAAUUUAGGAGAACCUAAUGAUAUUUUGAACCUCCUAUUUAAUUUUGAUUUAAAUGAUUUUUGGUGUUUCUCUUGAUAAAUCAUGGACUGUGUCAUUUUAUUACAAAAUUGAGAAAGCAUCUUGUAACUACUAUUGCUUUUUCACCCAAACCACUGACUGCAUUUUUAUUUAACUUUAAUAGAAACUUUAAUACAUAAUGAAAUUGAUCAUCUUUUUUUUUAAUGUCUCUAGGUUUCCCAUAGCACACAUAACUUUAUAAUCUACACAAAUGGGGAAUAGGGAAUAUGAAUAUAUUCUCACUGUUCACAGUUUUCAAUUUGAUACAGUAUUGCUUUUUCCUUAUAUUCAGCACUGAUUGAAAUAAUUGUCACUAUUUAAGUUGAUAUAUGUUUUUAGAAUAAAUGUGACUUUCUUCAAUUGUGUCAGUCUGUGAUUUUUUGUGAUCCCUCGAUUUGCUUUUUGGAGCAACAACAAAAAUAACACCUAUUAAGGAUUUUAGCUUUAGAAAAUUAAAAAAAAACACCAUUUGAAUAAAAAAUAAAGUAUUUCUCAACAGAAAAUAUAUUAAACAUCAAAAUUAUCCCAAAACAUUCAAAAAUCUAUGUGCCUUUUGUAGCUACAUGAAUUUUAAAAACCAGAAUUUGCCAAGAUAAGUUUUCUUUCUAUAUACCUCAAUUUUCUUGCCAAAUGAACAAGUGGAGACAAUCUUGGUUCUCCUAAUUUUGUGUUAAUGUAUAAUCAAUAUGUAUUUGCUAAUAUGACUCUGUUUUAAAGAUUUAACCUUUUUCUGCUCAAUGUUUUGUAAAUGAUGUUGUGUAAUUAGAAAUGUGUAUGAAUUCUUUUAUCUAAAUUGAUUUGAAAAACUUCAUUCAUCUUUAGAUACACAAAUUACUUGUCAGUAAUUUAAAGCAUAGCUGUGAUAUAUAAUUUGUUUGUUUUGUUUUUCAUUCAUGUGAUAAAAAUAUUCCGUCCAGUUCUAUGUGAUAGUUUUAAACAAGAAAUGUUUUGCUUGUGAAAUGUUUAGUUUUAUGCUGCAUAGCAGUACAUGUAUAUUGCUCUUGUUGUUUUGAAUUUUCCUAAAAUCAGUAAAAUGGUCCUAUGACAGCAUUUUUAUUUGAUACAUGACAAUCUCUUUUGUACGAUAUUGAUAAUUCAUAUUUAAUUAAUGAAAAUUUUAAUCUAUAUCGUUAUUUAUAUUAAUAGUUCUCUUAUAAACUAAAAAUUCAUAAUAAUGGUACCAUUCAUCUGAUUAAAAUGCAAAUAAAUAACAAUUAGUUUCUCAAGAAACACAAUCAAAUAUGAUACUAUUAUUCUUUUUUUCACAAAUUAAAAUCCUAGUAUUAAUACUUGUGUUAAAAGAUCAGAACUAGUAUAUAAUGAUUUUUAUGAACUGUUGCCAUAGGAAUCAGUAACAAUGCCAUAGAUUGAAUGCUAGCUCCAUCUUGUUUCUUUUACUCUUGUUGUUACGUAUAAUGAUAAACUAUUGUUAUUAUUUUGAGUCUGCUUUGUAACGCUCUUCAAAAUAAUGAUUAUCAAUGAAACAAAUGAUAAAGAAAAGCUUAAAGAUUUUUGCUAUUCAGAUUUUAUACAAACAUUUUUAAUAAAAUAAGAUUUAGAGAUAUAUUGACAAAAUGAGUGGUUAUACAGCAGAGAAAAUUGUGUAUUGUGUGGUGAGGAAACAUAUACACAAAAGUUUGAGCAUGUGCUUUGAAGGAACUACAUAUUGAUAACAAUCAGAUAAGUGUUUCAAAUUUUUAAAUUGUGACAUGGCCUUGAUUUAUACUGUUGUUUUGUACUUGAACAGUUCCUUUUUCUAGUUGUUAUAGUUAAUAAUGGAGUUGUUAUAUGUUUCAAUUAAAAUGGCUGAAUUGAAACUGUAAUAUUGCUUUAUAUGUUUUACUUAUUGAUACAAGUGACUACACUGUUAUAUAUUGGUUAUUGUUAAAGGCUUUACACACAGCACAACAUAUAGUUACAAAGUAGUAUUAUAUUGUAUAAUGCCAAAUCAACAAGACAAUAAAAAUAAUGUAUUUUUACAA